AUGCCAAUAUGUUCCAGGUAUCCUCGCAAGAAGGCUUUACGACAGUCGGGCACUCCACAAGAGGGAGAUUCCUUAAUCUCAGACUCGACUGUUUCCGCCGAUAAUAGUAUUUUCCAGCCAGGUGACAGUUCACUUGUGCCUAUCGAUGCAUCGGAUUCUCCCGAUCAGCGCCAUCGUCUGGGACAACGCGGUAGCAGUGCGACACAUAGCCGGAACAGCUUUGGAACUUCCUGGAUAUCGCCCGGAGAUACGACUACCGUUUCUCAUCAGACCGUGUUCUUAGGAGAAUCAAGUCCCCUGACGUGUGUUAUUGACGAGGGACGGCGGUCGCCUGAGAAAGGUCCGGCGAACGCUAUGCAAAACACUCGUCUUCAUUACCCUAUCCCAGAAAGGCUGGAAGCUAAUAGUACACGUGAUGAAGCUCUCCGCGCACACAGGCGAAAGGUGCAAGAGCAGCUGAAUGCUGACGGUGCAUUUUCCUAUCCCCCAACAGAAACUUGUGCCAUACUACUGAGAGCCUACUUCACAUGGUUCCACCCAUGCUUUCCCAUUCUGGACCGCUUAGCGGUCAAACAGGCAUACAUGCGAGGCGAUAUCUCUCACCUUCUGCUGCAGUCGAUGCUCUUCAUAGGAGUUAGUCUUUGCACUGACGACGACUUUGCUUGCACAGAGUUCUCUGUUCGAUAUCGAGCUAAGUUUCUCUUUUAUAGUCGGGCUAAGGCCAUAUAUGAUGCCGACUGGGAGUCGAAUAAAACGACUAAGCUGCAGUCAUUGUUCUUGCUGAGCUCUUGGCGUGGAGGCCCGUCUGAAGAACGUGAUACGCGGUUCUGGUUGGGAGUCGCUAUCAGCCUGGCUCAAAAGCGUGGCAUGCAUAUGAUGUCCAAACUACCCUUCCCGUCCGCGCGGGAAGAGAAAUUAUGGAAGCGAAUAUGGUGGGCCCUUUAUAUACGCGACCAGCAGAGUGCAGCAGCCUUGGGUCUUCCGCCUCGGAUACGAGACGAGGACUGCGAUGUGGCAAUGCUUGAGCCCAGCGAUAUCCGUGAAGACGAAACAGUUGAUGAUGCAAAUGUGUUUGGAGCACAGAGAGAUGAAGAUAUAGUCUAUCCGGCGCAAAUGGCCAAAUUAGCCAGGAUAUCCCUGAAACUAGAAAGUGCAACGUCCCCGAAGGCAAUGUUUUUGACCGGGUUGUUGCACAUGACGUACAAAAUCACCCAUACAUUCUCAACGCUGUGUAUCCAUACUAUCCACUGUCGACGAACGUCCGGAACAGCUAGGAAGUUGGCAGAACACCGCGCAAAGCUCUGUCUUCUUGGGCUCCAGGAGCUACAGAAAACAUGGGAUAUAGAAAAUUGGGUACUAAAUCUUUUCUUCCGGUGCCUGGAUGAUAGCACCGCGCGUACCCUCCGGUUGACAGACAUUGUCGCACCAUCAGGCCAGCCAGUAAACCAGAUUGAGACUACCGAGAAAAGUACCCACACAGAUCAAGCUCAGGAUCUGCCUACCCCGACUGAGGCCAUGGAUUCUAUUCGUGAUGACCCCACACUAGCACCUGCCCUACAACCGUCUCCGAGCAUGGAGAAUGCGGAUAUAACAGCGUCCGGUGAAUGGUACGGAUUGUUUAACUUUACUGAUGAUUUUACGGAUGUCCUAGGGGCAUCCUCACAUCAUGAUUCACUCAACUUGCAAAACCUGGAAUUUUUAUACCGAUUCCUAUAA